AGCAUCUGCAAAGAAUCUAAGACCUCCUGCGAAGGUUGGAACUUCUCUACUGGCAUAUUUUUCAUGAAUUUGUUUAUUUUUUCAACUUCUUCAUCGCUGAACGCCAUCGUUUAUUUACGGGAUCUCGAUUUUUAGUUCGCGAUGAACGUCGACCAAUGAGAGCAAACUCGUUUAAGACCGGUCUAUCACGAUGUCAGUUACUAGAGGAAUUUCAAAUAUCGCUAAAAGGGGUUUGCAUACUUCACCUGCUACUGCUCUCCAGGCAACAAAAGCUGCAACUCAGGUAGCUACUGGCAGCUACGUAGAGGGUACCGUCAAUGAUCCUACUAGAUUCCCACCACCAAACUCUGCUCACGGUAGCUCACACUGGGCAUUCGAGAGAGCUGUUUCUGCAGCUUUGGUACCUGUCAUUGGUGCUUCAUUCAUCACUUCCUCUCAUCCCGUCAUCGAUGGUCUAAUCUGUUCAAGUUUAUUGGUUCACUCACACAUUGGAUUCGACGCUUCCUUAACCGAUUACUUGCACGAUAGGAAAUUCCCAAAGAUUGGUCCAAUCGCUAGAUGGUCUGUUAGAGGCUUAACUCUCGGCGCUGCUAUCGGUUUAUAUAGCUUCCAAACAAAUGAUAUUGGAGUAACUGAAUUGGUAGCUAAAUUAUGGACUGCAUAAAUAUUCUUAAUUAUCUCUACAAAUUUAUUCUCUGUAUAAAUAAAUAACCUUACUUCUUGAAUGUAUGUGAGCGAUUGCCGGAAGAUUGCAUCGUCUUUGAUGAUCCUGGUCUUCUGAAUUGACCCUCCAAGUUUGCCUUGAUGCGUUGCUUCUUUGGCUUCUUCGUUGACUGUGAUAAGUCAUCUAGAGGCCUAUCAAGCACACUUUCCUCAUUAUCGUAAUUGAAUUCAGGUACUUCGAGUUUCCCUUUCUUGUCUUUCUUAUCUGACUUAUCUUUCGCAUUGGCCUUCUCUUUCUUCUCUCCCUUAUCCUUGCGUUUGCGCUUCUUCUCUGGUUGUUUACCAAUUGUCGCUAUGUCAUCUGCGGUGAUACCAGCAUCAAUUGGUAUAUUGUCCGCCAUUCGUUCCGCUUUACUCUUGUAUGGCACUUCUGCCAUGCUUGAAUCUUCACUCUCCUUCUUCUCUUGUUCCAUCUUUUGCUUAUCUUCCUUGAGUACCUCAUCCACACGAGCUGGCAUAGGUGGUGCCUUCUGUGUAAUCGGACGCUUGUACUCAUCGAAUGCGUCAAGGUCAUAUUCUGUAUUAGAGGUUGAAUGCGGAAUAAGUGAAAUAAGCUUAAACGAAGAGGAAAUACUAUCCAUAGUCUUGCUCUUCUUAGGCAAUACCGUCGUGGUAACAUCACCAAACAACUUUGAUGUGCUGGCUUGUGGUGCUUGCUUUGUGCUAUCUUCACCAAACAACUUCGAGCGAGUAGAAGUAGACAGGGAAGUCUGGGAAGCAGAAUUUGCGGAAUUAGAUUGAUUUAUAUUCCACAAAUCAAAGUCUAAUCCAGUUUUGAAUGGUAAAUGGACAUUAUUAGGUUGGAGCAACGACUUUGGUACGACUCUGGCUGGUAAUUUAUCACUAUUGUUCUUCGCAAACUCAACACCUGAGUUGAUACAUUGAGCGACAUCCUUCAAAUGUAUUCUAACAAAUUGCGGUACCUUCUUUUGGAAGACAUUCGUGAUUUCCUGAGGUGUCUUCGGUUGUUUCAAUGCAAGGUCAUAUAAUUGAUGGUUAGAGAAAAUAACAUGAACACUCUCAUCUUCCUUUCUUGCUAUCUGAUCCCUCCAUUGGUGUAAUCUACGGAAUACUUCAAGAAGAGGUGGUUCAACAACUUUGUUCCACUUGGUUGCAAGGUUGUACCAACCACCGAAGCCUUUACCGGUAUCAUAGUCGUAAGGAUCUCUAUGAUGGGUUUUGAGUGACACCUGCUCGCUUCUUUGUAAAACAUCUUUCAACAUGUCAUUCUUCUUUGAUGACUUUUCGAUAAGUGUGUUGCGUAACAUAUCGUAGAUGUAUAACAAAUAAUGAGUAUCUGAUCUUGCAUAUUCCAGCAUUUUGUUGGUGAGCGGUCUCUUACGCCAAUCUGCUCUUUGAUAACGUUUGUCUGGUGUAUAACCGCAAAACUUUAUCAAAAGAGACGCCAAUGAAUGUUGACUAAACCCUAAAACCUUAGUUGCAUGAUACGUGUCAAACAUAUUAACGAUAUAGACACCAAAAUCUCUCUGUAACCAGACAAUAUCAGAGUCCGCACCAUGGAAAACCUUAACGAUUGCUGGGUUUGUAAAUGUAUCGUUGAGUUUAAUAAGCUGGUCUCUAAGUUCUAGUGUAUCUAUAAUGAAAUCUUCUCCUCUGAUAGAAAUUUGCAUUAAACAAACAAACCCACGAUAAGAUCUGAAGUCGUGAUGCUCCAAAUCAAUGGCUAUUUCUGUAGCUGUACUGAGCCUAUCUAGUAAGUAGUUGAGAGAUUCUUCGUUGUCUAUCCAUUUAAAAGGCGUUUGAUUGAAAUCACCCUGCUUGAUUGGUGUCUGAGUUUUUAAUUGCUGCGCUGGGUAUUUAAUCGACUCAAUCUCUGUUUGGUAGGGGUGUGAUAAUCUAUCAUCAACGGUCGUCCAGGUCAAAUCUGCCUUGGCGUUUGGUUUGUGAGUAAGUAGUGGCUUCCAGGGACUAUCAGAAUUAUCAAUGGAGGAUGACCAUUUCAACUGAGGUUUCCUUUGUAUCGAUUUGUCGUUAAAAAUGCUGGGUUCUAAAUCUUUAGCUAGAGUUGGCUUAUUGUAGUUAUUAGUAUGCUUGUCUAUGUUGAUAGAACUGUCUUCUAAAAGCUGAUCAACGAGUUCACCGACAGCUUUACUAUCGCCCGUCAGAUCGUCUGCAUCUAGGUGCCUUGACUUGUUAUUGAUGAAACCAAUUAAUUGAUUUAUAUUGUCAACCACGCCAUCCUCUAUUUCUUCGCAUCUACUGCUGAAUCCAGAGUCUAUACUCUUCUGAAAUGAGAGAUCAUCAGAUUUUAAUAAAUUUUUAGAUAUUUUCGUUAAAUUUAUCGCGGAUUUCUGUAGAUUUUUUAUCUUUAAAUCUAUUUUGUCUUCCUCAGUCGACAUCCUCUUCUCCUGAUCUUGG